AUGACUCGUGCGACCUUGCUGGAGGUGGUGCGCACAGACUACAUCCGCACGGCACGUGCCAAGGGACUGACCGGCAGCGCCGUAAUCAGCCGGCAUGCGCUCAAGAACGCCCUCAUACCUGUCGUGGCCAUGAUCGGCAUUCAGGCUGUGUUCGCAGUUGGCGGUUCUACGAUCAUGGAAACCAUUUGGAGACUGCCCGGCCUCGGUCAGUACAUUGUGGAUGUCGUGCUAUUCCGCGACUACACCAUGCUCCAGGCGCUGACGAUGUUCAUCGCCAUGAUUAUCAUUGUGAUUAACCUGCUCGUGGACAUCAGCUACGCUUGGCUGGACCCGCGAAUCAGGUACCAGUAG